CAGUCAUCUCUUGCUGGCAGUUAUGAAGUUGCCUCUGCUGUGGGCUGUGUGUCUGCUGUCUGGACACCUAGCCCUGCCACUGCCCCCAGAGGCGGGAGGCAUGAGUGAGCUGCAGUGGGAACAGGCUCAGCACUAUCUCAAGAGAUUUUAUCUUCAUGACUCAAAAGAAAAGGAUGACAAUAGUUUAGAAUUCAAACUCAAGGAGAUGCAAAAGUUCUUUGGCCUGCCUGUAACUGGAAGGUUGAACUCCCAUAUCAUAGAAAUAAUGCAGAAGCCCAGAUGUGGAGUGCCAGAUGUUGCAGAAUACUCACUAUUCCCAAAGAGGCAAAAAUGGACUUCCAGAAUAGUCACCUACAGGAUCCUAUCGUACACUUCAGACUUAACACCUGCUGUAGUGGAUCAAAUAGUUGCAAAGGCUUUUAGCAUGUGGAGCAGGCACAUCCCGCUUCGUUUCAAGAGAGUUAGGAUGGGAACUGCUGAUAUCAUGAUUGGCUUUGCAAGAGGAGCUCAUGGGGACUUCCUCCCCUUUGACGGACCAGGAAACACUCUGGCUCAUGCCUUUGCACCUGGGCCAGGCCUAGGAGGAGAUGCUCACUUUGAUAAAGAUGAACUCUGGACUGAUGGCAACGGUCUAGGAAUUCACUUCCUAUAUGCUGCGACUCAUGAAUUUGGCCAUUCUUUGGGCUUGGGUCAUUCCUCUGAUCCUAGAGCUGUGAUGUAUCCAACCUAUAGAACUGAAGAUUCCCAAAGUUUCAGACUUUCACAGGAUGAUAUUGAAGGCAUUCAGAAGUUAUAUGGAAGAAGUAAUUUCAGAAGGAGAUAGAAGCUUCAGGGGGAAUAUUCAUUCAUUCACUGGGUUCUGUAUCAGUAUUCCCCAACCACAAUUAACACUCUCCCUGCUCUUCACUCAGCACAUGCUCCAUCCUUUCUUGCACUGUGGUUGGUUUUUUUACGUCUCUCUGUCCCCCAGGAUAAACUUUAUGUUUUGCCUUCAUCUUACUCACCUAUGAUGAUCCUCAGACAUCAUGCAAUUGGCAGAUGUCAGUAAAUGUUGUAUACACAGAUAAAUAAAAUUCUUAUUCUAUGAUAAAAAUA